CGAGCGGUGAAGGAAAGAUGGGUAUCGGCGUCACGCACGCUGCGUUCGGCGAGGGACGAUACGAAGGGUGGACUGAGCUUCAGGUUUGACAGUGCGCGCCAGGCGAUCCUGACGCGGCGUAUUGGACUCAGGCGAGACUUCUUCAGGAAUUCUUGGGGGAGCGCUUGUUCAGCAGCACAUCGUCUUCGGAAGCCGCCUACUGACCACCCUUCUCUUCACUCUUGACUUACCUGUCUGUCUCGGCGGCUUAUAGAACUUUGCCCAUCAUGAAGGUCGAAACUUGCGCCUUCUCUCAGCGCAAGAUCUACCCCGGUCGCGGAAAGCUAUACGUUCGCGGCGACUCCAAGGUCUUCCGCUUCGUCUCCUCAAAGUCGGAGUCUCUCUUCCUGCAGCGCAAGAACCCUCGUAAGAUUGCGUGGACUGUGGUCUACCGCCGCAUGCACAAGAAGGGUAUCACUGAGGAGGUUGCCAAGAAGCGUAGCCGUCGCACUGUCAAGCACCAACGUGGUGUUGUCGGUGCCUCUCUCGACGCCAUCGCUGCCAAGAGGAACCAAAAGCCCGAAGUUCGUCAAGCUCAGCAGGCCGCCGCCCUCGCCAAGAGCAAGGACGACAAGAAGAAGAGGCAAGAGGAGCGCAAGGCUAACAGAGGCAAGGGAGCUGUCGCACACGCAGGUGCAGGUCCCAAGAUCUCUCGUCAGCAAGCAAAGGGGGCAGCAAGCAAGCCCCGUGUCUAAGCAACACAUCGCCUGUAGAUCGUGGCUUCAAGCCACUCUCACGUCGUCGAUGCGAUUCUUGACUCCGUUUGUCCCCUCACUGUACUUCGCUACUAUGCCCCACGAACUCGUCCCCUUCAGGACGGCGACGUCAAGCUGAUCAUGCAUGCCACGUAGAAUCUAUUCGAGUGCGAUUUGCGAGCCACUGGGCUCUUGACA